CGUCUGGCAACACUACUAAAACAUUUGCCACGAUUUUCUUUCCUUGCUAAUUUUCUGAUGCAAUACGCGACAUUUAUCAGCUAAAUUGUACGAAAUAAGUUGUUAUAUAUCAACAAUAGAAUAGAAAACACAUCUACCUUAAAAUAUGGAAGAAGAAGAUUUUGAUCCCACUUUUUUGAAGAAGAAAAAGAAGAAGAAGACCUUUGAUUUAGAUGCUGCAUUGGGCCUGGACGAUGGCUCCAAAAAAGAAGAGACUAAAGAAGUCACCAACGAUGAAACAGCAGCCAACGAAAUUGAUGACAAUCUCGAUUUAGAAAGUUUUGGCAAAAAGAAGAAAAAGAAGAAGAAGGCCCUUAAUUUGGAUGAUUUGGAGGGAGCAUUGCCGAAAGUAGAAGGCGAUGAAGCGCCUAGAGAGGAGAAAACUGGCGAAUCUAUGGAUGCUGAGGAUAGUGCAGAGGCCGACGCCCCUUAUCGUGAUUAUACAUACGAUGAACUAUUAAAACGUAUAUUCGAGAUAAUUUUGGACAAAAAUCCUGAGAUGGCUGCUGGACGCAAACCUAAAUUUGUUAUGAGGCCACCACAAGUUUUGCGUGUGGGCACUAAAAAGACUUCCUUUGCUAAUUUCCUCGAUAUUGCAAGAACUCUUCAUCGUUUGCCAAAGCAUUUAUUGGAUUUUCUCUUGGCAGAAUUGGGUACUAGUGGUUCACUCGAUGGCAACCAACAGUUGAUCAUUAAAGGACGUUUCCAACCUAAACAAAUUGAAAAUGUGCUACGUCGUUAUAUUAAAGAAUAUGUCACCUGCCACACAUGCCGUUCUCCCGAAACAAUAUUACAAAAAGAUACGCGUAUUUUCUUCCUGCAAUGUGAAUCCUGCGGUUCUAGGUGUUCGGUUGCUAGUAUUAAAUCGGGAUUCCAGGCUGUCACCGGCAAGCGUGCCGCCAUCAGAGCAAAGACUACGUAAACAUCAAAGUAGAUUUAAAAAAAUGUUUCGUGUUGCUCUCCAUAUACUAAAAACAACAAUGCAAAGAGCAGAACCGGGUCAACGUAAAGAUUUGUUUAAGCAUGGGAUACGCAAAAGAAACACGACGGGAUCGUUUUUUGACGUUCAUUUUAUAUUUUUUAGAUCAAACGGAAAAAAUAAAGCGAUUUAUAAAACGUAAAAAAAAAACUA